CUCACUCGUGUAUAAUUUUAUUUUUCACCUGAAAAACUUAAAAUUAUUAAAUAAAUUAAGUAGUUUUUGGGCAUGGCACACCUGCGGGAGACCUCGGACAAGGCGCUGAAGCUGCUGCGCACUUUGCCACGUGUUCAGAUCGGGAAUCUUCGGCCAAAUCCCAACUCCAAACAGAAUGACAAGCGUGGCCGGGCCCAGCACGGCGGCGACAAGCACGGAGCAGGCAACAAGGGCUCCGGGCAGCGGCAGAACUUCAUGCGACUUGGCUAUGAAACGGGAAAUCAGCCCUUUUACAUGAGAUUCCCCUACGAGCCCUACUACAAGGGACACCACCUGAAGCGUCAGUACCCGCCAAUCUCCCUGAUCCAGCUGCAGGUACUAAUCGACACCAAUCGGAUAGACACAAGCCAGCCCAUAGAUAUCAGUACGCUGUGCAACUCAGGACUGCUGAAGCUCAGGCCAGCGGAAAUGGAGUACGGCUUCCAGCUCACGGAUGACGGCUUGGACAACUUCAAGGCCAAGAUCAACAUCGAAGUGCAGCACGCCAGCGAGGCGGUCAUAGCAGCUGUGGAGAAGAACGGCGGUGUGAUUCGCACAGCUUACUAUGAUCCGCGCAGCCUGCACAUGCUGGCCAAUCCGAAAAAAUGGUUCCAGAAGGGUGUGCCCAUACCUAGCCGAAUGCUACCACCCCAAGACGCCGUGGACUACUACACGAAUCCCAAGAAUCGCGGCUAUCUGGCCAAUCCUGAGGAGAUUAGCAAAGAGCGCCUAGUGCUGGCCCAGAAAUACGGCUAUGAGCUCCCUAAAAUCGAAAAUGAUUCCACCUACGAGAUGCUUACGACCACGAAGGAUCCAAGGCAAAUAUUCUAUGGCCUGGAGCCCGGCUGGCUAAUCAAUAUUGUGGACAAAACAAUCAUAAAGCGUAUAGUGGAGUAAGUAGUCGAGUUC